UGUUGACAUCCUGACCACCACCACCACCACAACAACAACAACUACUACUGCAGCAGCUACUGACGUUGUUGUUUACCCAGGCGCAAAGCCCUCGCCCUAUGCCUCCUUCUUUGUCUGUGCAUAUCAACGGAGAGAGCGCCCCCUCUUGUCUGCUGCACCUCGCCGAGGAGAGAACUCCGCGCAUUCUACUCUGAUGUCCAGUUUCCAUCAACAACAAACUACAGACAACCAUAUAGUUCCACAAUAGAGAAAAAAGAAUCAAUCACAUGGAGCAGAGAGACUCAACACAGCCUGGAAUUAAAAGGCACCAAUGCGUCCUUUGUUCAUACAGCACGGAUCAGAUGGGCAAUUUGAAGAAACAUCAGAGAACACAUACUGGCGAGAAGCCCUUCAAGUGCACUGUGUGUGGGAAGGCAUUUAAAGACGCACGAUCUCUGCGUAUUCACCAGAGAACACACACUGGCGAGAAGCCCUUCAAGUGCACUGUGUGUGGGAAAGCAUUUACACGGUCAGGAGAUCUUGACAGACAUCAGAAAACACACACUGGUGAGAAGCCCUUCAAGUGCACUGUGUGUGGGAAUGCAUUUUCACGGUCAUCACAUCUUGACACACAUCAGAAAACACACACUCAUGAAAAACCUUUCAUAUGCACGGUGUGUGAGAAGGCAUUUAAAGAUUCAAGAUCUCUGCGUAUUCACCAAAGAACGCACACUGGUGAGAAGCUCUUCAAGUGCACUGUUUGUGGGAAGGAAUUUCCACGGUCUUCACAUCUUGACAGACAUCAGAAAACACACACUGGUGAGAAGCCCUUCAAGUGCACAGUGUGUGGGAAUGCAUUUACACGGUCAUCACAUCUUGAGACACAUCAGAAAACACACACUGGUAAAAAGCCUUUCUUUUGCACUGUAUGUGGGAAGGGAUUUUCACAUGCAGGAUCUUUUCAUAUUCACCAGAGAACACACACAGUUGAGAUGCCCUUUAAGUGCACUGUCUGUGGGAAGGCUUUUACACAGUCCGAAGAUUUACAUAUUCACCAGAAUAAACACACAGGUGAAAGGCCGUUCAAGUGCACUCUGUGUGGGAAUACAUUUACACGGUCAUCACAUCUUAACAGACAUCAGAAAACACACUUUGCUGAAAAGCCCUUCAAGUGCACAGUGUGUGAGAAGUCAUUUUCACGUUCAUCACAUCUUAACAGACAUCAGAAAAUGCACACAGGCGAAAUGCCUUUGACGUGCAAUGUGCGUGGGGAUGCGUUUACAAGGUCAGAAGUCCGAAACAGUCAAGAGAAGACCCACACAGACUGGAAUGGCAAAUCCACAAGUGAGAGUCAAAAUGCUGCAGUGACCCCAUCUCUUAUUAAACAGGAACCAGAACAAUUUCCCCCCUUUGCAAUGUGGCCAGGAGUGAAGGUGGAAUGUGAAGAAGUGAAUUGUGAAGAAGUGAAGGUGAAAUGUGAAGAUGAAGAUUGGAUUUCAGGACCUGACCUCCAGUUUGAUGGCGGCAGCAUGAAGCAGGAGGAGAAUGCACACUGGUGAGAAGCCCUUCAAGUUCACUGUGCGUGAGAAGUGAUUUAUACGGUCAGAAUGCCGAAACAAUCAUGGGCAGAUCCACACGAAGGCUAGUCAAAAUCAAAGUGCAGCAAUGAACCAAAAUAACUAGAGGUAAAGCCCCCCUUUACAACGUGGCCAGGAGUGAUGUGGAAUUGGAAUAUGAAUUUUUGGCUCUAGGACCCGACCUCCAGGUGGAUGGAGGCAGCGUGAACCAGGAAGAUUCAGCCUGUGAGGGAGAGAUGAUCCCCAGGAGUUUGUGGAUGUGGAGGUGUGGAUGGGCUUUACGGAAAAAGCAGAAUAGGAGGGCCCAGGACGUGUGAAGUGGGGUCGAGGAAGAUCUCUAACCAAGACCGUGACCCAGAGAAGCUCCAUCGUGUUCACGUUAUUCACAGGCUUCUCUCCCUACAAUAAUGCAUGCAGCUGUAGGUGUAAUCAAACCAGAUAAAGCUUUCAGUGUAAUAAUGCAAUAUUGUCGAUUUGCAAAGAAGUAGGGUUUAUUUUUCGUAAUUUAGAAGUAUAAUUUGAUUGUUAUGCAUGACACGAUUUUUAUUAUCUGUUAACUGUUGGACAUUACCAUUAAAUUGGUUGCCAUGUGUGGCUUGGCCUUUC